UAUCUGAACUCCAAAGUAUUUGUUAAUACAAGUCUUCCGAGUUUACGUUUCAAAGUACGAAGUAGUGGGGACUGUGCAGUAGGACUUCCAAACUAUGGCUCACCCGGAAGAUCAGCAGCCGCUGCUAAAUGGGCUUCACUCAAAUACUUCAAUUUCAGACUUGAAAUCAGAUGCAAUUGAAGAGUUUUUAGAACACAAGCCAGUGUCAGUCCGAUGGUGGAUUCGUUUAGUGGGGUGGGAGUCGAGGCUCCUCUGGAUUCUAUCAGGGGCUUCUAUUAUUGUUUCUGUAUUCAAUUACAUGCUUACUUUUGCCACUCUCUCCUUUACUGGGCAUUUGGGUUCAUUAGAGCUUGCUGGGGCAUCCGUUGCUAGUGUGGGAAUUCAAGGUCUUGCUUAUGGGAUUAUGUUGGGCAUGGCCAGUGCUGUGCAAACCGUGUGUGGACAGGCAUAUGGGGCCAAAAAAUAUGGGGCAUUAGGCAUCAUAUGCCAGAGAGCAAUAGUUUUGCAUCUGGGAGCAGCAGUACUCCUUACCUUCCUCUAUUGGUUCUCGGGCCCAAUCCUCAUAGCAAUUGGCCAAUCUGAGAGCAUAGCUGAGCAAGGCCAAGUUUUUGCACAUGGUUUGAUACUCCAACUCUAUGCAUUUGCAAUAAGCUGCCCCAUGCAGAGGUUCCUCCAAGCACAGAACAUUGUAAAUCCUCUGGCUUACAUGGCUGUUGGGGUAUUCCUCUUGCACAUCUUACUCUCAUGGUUAGUGGUUUAUGUUUUGGAUUAUGGCCUUUUGGGUGCUGCUCUUACGCUGAGCCUGUCUUGGUGGAUCCUCGUCAUUUUAAAUGCACUUUACAUUCUUCUAAGCCCCUCUUGCAAAGAUACUUGGACUGGCUUCUCUAUGAAAGCCUUCACAGGAAUUUGGCCUUAUUUCAAGUUAACUAUUGCUUCUGCUGUCAUGUUGUGUUUGGAGAUAUGGUACAGCCAAGGACUAGUAUUGAUAUCUGGGCUCCUUUCCAACCCAACAAUCUCACUAGACUCGAUUUCAAUUUGCAUGAAUUAUCUGAAUUGGGACAUUAAUUUCAUGUUAGGCCUAUCAGCAGCAGCCAGUGUUCGAGUGAGUAAUGAGCUUGGGGCAGGGCAUCCAAAGGUGGCAAAAUUUUCAGUAUGGGUGGUGAAUGGCACCAGCCUUCUUAUUAGUAUAAUUUUCAGUGCAUUGGUUCUAAUACUUCGGGUUGAAUUAAGCGAACUCUUCACAAGUGACACUGAGGUUAUUGAGGCAGUGUCAAAAUUGACUCCAUUGCUUGCCAUUUCUGUUCUGUUAAAUGGAAUUCAGCCUAUACUCUCUGGUGUGGCUAUUGGAAGUGGAUGGCAAGCUAUAGUAGCUUAUGUUAACCUGGCCACUUAUUAUGUAAUUGGUCUCCCCAUUGGAUGUGCUCUUGGCUUCAAAACUAGUUUAGGGGUAGAUGGGAUUUGGUGGGGAAUGAUUAUUGGAGUUCUUCUACAAACAGUGACUCUUAUUAUUCUUACAGCCAGAACCAAUUGGGACGCCGAGGUUCAGAAGGCCAUUGACCGCUUGAAGAAAUCCGCAAAUGAAGAGGCCUUAGAAUUGCUGACCAGCAUUUAGUAACUUAAACCUCUUGAAGGACAAUAUUAAGCUUUCUUUGUUCUUAUUUUGUUUUUGUUUUUUUUUUUUUUCAAAUUGGUCUGGACAUUUUAUGUUGUUCAGUCCUAGCGUUAGUUACACAAAUCUUAGACACCAGUGACAUUUCUUGUGUCAAGAAUCUUGCAAUUCAAUGGCAUUAGCUAUUCUACCUUGGGAGAAAAUUUUAGUUUUGAAUUCUUCUCCCCCACUUGAUGUAACAGUUAAAAAAUACUGAGUUUUUAGUUACGAAAAAAAAAAGUUGCAAGUCUCAUUUUCGUCA